UCUUGAGACCGUCCACUAUCCCUCUAGCCAUUAUUGAACAUUUGACCUUCUCAAACGUGUGUCUUUCCCAUUGUCACAUUUCUCACCAUGUGAUUCACACCUCUCUUCCACCGUCCACUCGUUAACCCAGUAAUCUCCAUUUGUCUUUCCCAUAUGAUAUAUAUAUCACCUUUGCCUUCAACACAUCCCACAUAACAUAACCUCUUGUUUUGUCAUCUAAGAAAACCUAGUGAGAGUUAGCACACAUUGAUCAGCAACAAUGGCAGCCUACUCAAGCCAUGCUUUGAAAACCAUCCCUUUUUCUUCCUUUGUGAAGCCUGUCAGUACCAAACCAACAUCAUUCUUCACACCUUCACCUACCAAACCUUUCUUACCCUUCACCUCACCAAACCACUCUCUCACCAAAAAUCUCAAGCUGAACUCCACUUUGCCACACUUUUGCUUGUCUUCAGUUCCCAAGAAAUCUUUCACUUGUAGAAGCCAGGCUGAGCCUGUUGACUCAGAAAAAGUCCAAGAACUAAGUGUGUAUGAGAUCAACGAGCGUGACCGUGGAAGCCCCGUUUAUCUUCGAUUGAGCUAUAAAAGUGUCAAUUCCCUUGGUGAUUUAGUCCCCUUUAGCAACAAGUUGUACACUGGAGAUUUGCAAAAGCGCAUUGGGAUAACAUCUGGUAUCUGUAUUUUGAUCCAAAACAAAGCUGAAAAGAAAGGGGACAGGUAUGAAGCAAUCUUCAGCUUCUACUUUGGAGACUAUGGUCACAUAGCAGUGCAGGGACCUUACCUGACCUAUGAGGACACAUAUUUGGCUGUGACUGGUGGGUCUGGCAUAUUUGAGGGUGUUAAAGGUCAAGUGAAGCUGCGUCAGAUUGUGUAUCCUUUCAAGAUUUUGUACACAUUUUAUCUAAAGGGUAUCAAGGAUUUGCCUCAGGAGCUUCUUGUCAAGACUGUUGAGCCAAUUCCAUCUGUUGAACCUUCCCCUGCUGCUAAGGCCCUUGAGCCCAAUGCUACCAUUGCUGGCUUCACCGACUAAUUCAUCAACUUUUUUUGUAUUUGCUUUGGCCUUUGUAGUAGUAUGAUUUAAGUUACUGAAUAAUAAUAACAAGUGGGGACUAUGAUGGGUUUUGUAGUGGUGGAGUUUCUAUUUAACGAAAAGCUUGACAUUAUUCAGUUAGUGGUGUUUAAGCAAAUAUAAUGAAUAAGGAAAGGAAGUAUAAUUAUGUUUGCCAUCAUUUCAUUAUAUUUUCGAAUUGUGGUUGUGUUUGUAUAAUUAUAUAAUAAUAUCAUUUGUUGUAUAUUU